CGUCCCCGCUGCCGUAAGCGCCGCGAUGCCCAGCCCCGUCCGCCGCCCUCCCGGUGCUGCCGGGCCUCCCGGUUUAACCAUGUUACCGGCGGACGGUUCGGCGUUGCUGCGAGCCGUGGCGCAGGGCAAAUUUCGUCUCACUCGGCUCUUGUUGGAAGGGGGAGCCUACAUCAACGAGGGCAACGCCGCCGGGCAGACGCCGUUGAUGGCCGCGUGUCGGGCCGGCUACGCCGACCCGCUGGAGCAGCCCCGUAUGGUGCGGUACCUCCUGGAAAACGGCGCCGAUCCCAACAUCCCCGAUAAGAUGGGCAAGACGGCGUUGAUGCACGCCUGCGCCGAACGCGCCGGCCCGGCGGCACCGGCCGGGGUUGUGGCCCCCGGCCGCGGCGCACACGCCCGCGAUUACGCCGGAGCCUCCGCUUUGGUUUACGCCAUUAACCGGGGGGACCGGGAGACGCUGCAGGUGCUGUUGGAUGCCUGCAAAGCCCGAGGGAAGGAGGUGAUCAUCAUCACCACCGACACCUCGCCCUCGGGUACCAAAACCACCCGGCAAUCCCUAACCGCGCCCCCUUCGCCGGGGCUGGAGGAGAAACGCUCGCCGGCGCUUUGCAUGUCGCCCUCCGACAUCGAGGUGCGGACGGCGGCUUCGCCGGCUGGCAGCGAGAAGGAAGAGGAGAGGGACGGUUAUUCCCCGGGAGAGGAGGAGGAGGAGGAGGAGGAAGGACAGCCCAGGCUGGCCAGGGGACACCGAGAGGGGGGGUGA